CGAGUCUCCAGUUGGCAGCUAAAGGCUGUAGCCUACAGCUCCAUGCUGUUUUCAUUUUCAUCCAAUAGUCGCGCGCAGUUUCUGCGAACGUCGGACCAUCUUACAAACUCCAAGUCAUUGAUGUGUGUACCCACCAGAGAUCCAGUUUGAACCCAGAUCGCAUUUUCCUCCAACCACACGCAGCCGUGUAGAAUGGGUACAUGCCAUGCGUGUGUAACCCUAAAAUCCGCCGCCGCGUCGUGUCGCGGCAAAGGAGGCUUCAUCCACCACCGAUAGCGCUCACUUUGCCACUGCCACGGAGAGAGGAGACCCACCAUGACCAUCUCGCGUAGCGUAUACAACCAGCUCUUCGAGCAGGCGCCUGAUGCCGCUGGAGGCGCAACGAAGGAGAAAGUGAUCCGUUUGCGCCCCACAGAGGCCAAAGCAGGCGCCGUAGUCAUGUCGGCUAAGAACAAGAUCCAAAUGUGGACCAAGGAGGAGCACGAGCGCUUCCUCGCGGCGCUAGAGAAGUAUCCGGCCGGCCCGUGGAAGAAAGUGGCUGACUUUAUUGGCACCAAGACGCCGCGCCAGACCAUGACCCACGCGCAGAAGUACCGCCAGAAGAUCCAUCGUCGCCAACGCGGUCUGCGCAACCAAAAGAAGAGCAAUGCCAAUGCCAAUGCCAACCCUACCACCACCGCGACCGGUAGCGCCCCCACGCCCGUGGACAUUAAGGCGGAUCCUAAGGGCGAGCCCAAAAUCAUCGUUUCGCCCUACGGCGUGGCCGACUUGCAGCUCAAGUCUGGCUCGGAGGCUGUGGCAGCAGCAGCGGCUGCAGCAGGCGUCACCAAUGAUCAGCUGUUGAAUAUUCUAGCACAACAAGCCACGACGAUUAACCAAGACAAAUCUGAGCCCAUGGAAGUGGACUCGGGCGUGACGGUGGACACCACAGCGUCUCCUGAGGAUGCUGCAGCGGCAGCCAGUCAGGGAUCGCCUGGCAAUAAUAAUUUGCCGUCGCUGGCCGAGAUUCUGCACCUUGGAGGCGCUGAAGGACAGGCGACGACGCAAGCACAGGACGAGAAGGUUGAGGGAAAGAAGAAGGAGGAAAAAACGGAGACAAAGACGGAGGAGGAUACUGAGACCGAAGGGGAGACAGAAACGAAGGCCGCGGUCGAGGCCGUCACCGAGACGAAGACGAGGACGCAGACCCGGCCAGAAGACUGCAAAUGCAAUUGCAGCUGCAGCGCACACGGUGGCAAGAAAUCCGAAGCGGAGGAUACGACGACGCAGCUUCGGCCGGACGAGAGCAAGUAAGUGCAUGUGGCUGCAGGUCUACUGGCAGCUGGAAGGAGAGAGAAGGAGGAGGCUGCUCGGAGCGACAUGGCGGCUCUCGUACCCCGCCGUGCUACGUGUAGAGCGCCUAAUAAUUAUUGUUAACAACGGAGGCUUGCAACCCACCCAAUCCAUAUGUUAGAUCGUAUUCCGCUGUAGCCAUCACAACCUUCAACUUCUCUUCAACUUGGUUUAACAAUUCCAGCGAUGGCUACAAACCCUUGGUGUAGCCAUCUCCGCGAACAGCUGAGCUUCACAAUAUCGAC